AUGGCCACCACCGCCACAUCCCCUCCCGAGCCCUUGAUCCAAGGGAUCGCCCACGUGAACCUCUCGAUCCCACCGGGAACCCUGGACGCGGCCAAAGCCUUUUACGGGGAGACCCUCGGGCUGACGCCGCGCGCGGGACCGGCGGCGCAGGUCCACGAGCUGGCGUGGUUCGACGUGGGCGGCGCCGCCACGGGCCAGCAAAUCCACAUCUCGAUCCAGAAGCACGACCGGGACACGACCGAGCCCCGGUCCAGCCGCCACCCUUGUUUCCGGCUGGGCUCCCCCGAGGCUCUGGUUGCCCUGCAGCGCCGCAUCUUGGCCCACGCCGAGCGCGGCGGUCCCGAUGCGCCGCUCGAGUGUGAUGCCGUGGGUGAGAGUUCUGGUGAGACUACUGCCGACUACCCAACGCGGUUCUUUGCUAGGGAUUAUUCUGGAAACCGGUUGGAGUUUACUACUUAG